AUGGAAAAGUUGAGGCUGCCAACAAGAAUAUUGCGGAAGAUGAUUGAUAAUUAUAACCAUUGGCAUGAGAAUUUGCCGUUUGCCCUCCUUGGCUAUCGCACCAAGAUUAGGACUUUUACUGGGGAAACACCUUAUCUUUUGGUUUAUGGAAUAGAAGCAGUAUUACCAAUGGAAGUUGAGAUACCAUCCCUAAGGAUAAUCCAAGAAGCUGAGUUGAGUGAUGCCAAAUGGAUACAAAGUCGAUAUGAGCAGUUGAUGUUCAUUGAUGAAAAGAGAAUGAAUGCACGAAUAUUCCCACACCAAGAUGAAGCUAAGGGAAAAUUUGUGCCUAAUUGGCAUGGGCCUUAUGUGGUUCACAGAGUAUUGACUGGAGGAGCGUUGAUUCUAGCAGAAAUGGACAGAAAGACAUGGCCGAAAUCCAUCAAUUUAGAUGCGGUUAAGAAAUACUAUGUCUAA